UUUUUUUUUUUUUUUUUUUCCUUUUUGCAGAAAUUGGGAAGACAUACAGAAAUCAUAAGAGUUCGAAGCAAAUUGACAAAUGUUAAAUUAUUUUCUUUGCGUUUGACCUUGGAAUUUGGCUUUCAGAUCCGGAUGCUGGCCUGUUUGAUCAGCCAUGCUUUGCACUUGGCGAGCUGUGAAUGGACCGGCAUGACAUUGGUGGCCCGAGUCGACGUGGUGCUGGAUGUCAGCUUUAGAUGUCUGAUUUCUCUGCGUCUGGUCAGCGAGACUUUGGAACUUGGAAGAAUCUUGGCGGUCAAACGAGGGCUAAAAAUUAGGGCACUGUUAGCUACAUGCUGCUGAUGUGAUGAUAUAAUAAGGAAAAGUUUACAUUGGUAGACAUGGUGAUAAAAACAAAAGAUGCGUUGGGGAGGUUCAAGAGUUACGAAGCGAUCACUGUUUUAUACAAAAUUAUAAAGUGUGAAAAGUUUGACAAUUUUUCAUGCCAUGAAUCAACUGUGAGCGAAUAGUGCUAAAACAGGUUUUUGACGCCCAUAAAGAGCAAAAAGUUCACACAAAGAGAACGUUCAAGAAUAUCUUCCUGGUAGAUCGCAUGUGAAUAAACAAGUGUUCUUUAUAGCUUUGCAAAAGAAAAGAACAGAACAGAAAAGAAAAAUGUUGAAUAAAUCAAUAUUAUCCAUGGCAAUCGUUGAUCAUUUAUUUUUAGUCCCAGGAGAUGGAUAAACGCAUUGAUAUGAACAUAUGGCUGCAAUACUAUCG